GGGUGAGAAAAAGAGAAGGAGCCAGUCUUUGGCCGCGGGAGAGAAGAAUGGGAGUAAGGGGCGAAAGAGAGCCAAGGAGUGUCACGGCUGCUAGAAAGACUGGGCGCUCCGAGACUCGCUCCUGGGGCUUCUGAAUCCCGGAGGGCUUGGCAAGAUCGCAGUGAGCUGGCGAGCACGGUAACUGCAGAGACGGGGGUAUGGAGAGGAACAGCUCGGGCGGAGCGAAGCUGAGUGCCAGCCACCGCCUGGCAGGGGAUGGGCAGCAGCAGCAGCCCCUGAAGUCCUGUGCCCUGGGCAGCAGCGGUGGCGGCGCUGGCGGCGCCCCUCGGGGCCAGGCUGGGGCGGCGGCGGAUCUCGGGGAGCUCCUCCAGAGAGCCCAGGAUUUCAAGAACCAAGGAGCGCAGUGCUACAAAGACAAGAAAUUCCGCGAAGCCAUCGGCAAAUACCACCGGGCGCUUCUGGAGCUCAAGGGGCUGCUGCCAGCCCUCGAGGAGCGGGACAAGGACACCCAGACACCUUCCACCGCCCACGGGGCCAAACUGUGCCACCUAACCGAGGAGCAGAGCAAGACGGUGGAAGCCGUAGAAAUCGACUGUUACAACAGCCUGGCAGCCUGCCUACUCCAAGCUGAAUUGGUGAAUUAUGAACGAGUCAAGGAGUAUUGUCUCAAAGUUCUGAAGAAAGAAGGGGAAAAUUUCAAAGCUCUUUACCGAUCAGGCGUGGCUUUUUACCACCUGGGUGACUAUGACAAGGCACUCUAUUACCUGAAAGAAGCAAGGUCCCGGCAACCAACAGAUACCAAUGUGAUACGGUAUAUCCAGCUGACAGAGAUGAAGCUCAGCAGAUGUUCCCAGAGAGAGAAAGAAGCCUUGUAACUUCUGGGAAGCUUCCCCCAGAGAUGGACCCAUGGUGGACAUUGUGCUUCCAGGGGCCCACCAGGUGGAUUUCCCUUUCCUGGGUUUGGUCUCUUUCCUGCACUUCUCCCAUCUUCCUUCAAAAGCCCCCUUAACUCUGUCUGCUCCCCAUAUGAAGGGAAAAAGAGAGAGAGAGCAAAAUGAAGCCAGCUUCACACCUGGCCAGAUGUCAGAAAAUGGUCGAAGCCCUGCUCCCUUGAUGAGAAGAAGCCUGAAGAGGAGAUUGUGUCAAACUGGGAAAGGUUUAGCUGGUGGUUUCCAUACCUGAAAGGCAAUUCAUGUUAAAGGCAACCUUCAUUAAGUCUGUGAGCUAGUCCCUUCUAAUCGGCCCCCUGAUGGAUGAAGCCAUCCCUCCCCAGCCCUAACAGACACAUCCGGGAGAUGGGCACGGAAAGAGCUGGAGACCUCAACCCUCUCCUAGAGGGAUGUAGAUGUGUGUAUACUGAUUUCCCUCCCCCUCCAAUACUCCCGUUCUUGACUCCUGUUGCAAUCUGUGUGCCCCAAACCCCAGAUCUCCCUUCGGGGUUCUAGGUUUCUGUUAUAGGCUUAUCUGCCACUGAAGCCCCCACUAAAUGCCUUUUCAAUGAACUUACAUACCAUUCUCAUAUAGCAACCCUGAUGGCAGAAAGCAGCAGGUUUGGGAAAGUUAAGGCAAAGGCAGGGGGAGGGGAGGGGAGACUCUCCAUUGGGAGGGGGGACAGUGAUGCAAAAGCUGAAAAAGCUUUGUAUAAAUCAGGGGAUAAAACUAUGGACAAAUUAAGUGCAAAUAAAAAUAAAUUAAU